AUGUGGGCUGGAGGCGGCCUAGGCCAUUUUGCUGUUCAGUACGCGCGUGUCAUGGGCAUGCGAGUAAUCGCUGUGGAUGAGGGCGACGACAAGGCCGUGUUCUGCAAAGAGCUGGGAGCGGAGGAGUUUAUCGACUUCAAAAAGACGCCAAAUAUUGCUUCUCAGGUGCAAAAGAUCACCACCCAUGGAGCGCAUGCCGUCAUUGUAUUUCCUGCUGGUAAAGAGACAUAUGCAGCUGCCCCAACCUACCUCCGGGUCGGUGGUACAUUGGUCGCCAUUGGACUAGCUCCAGAUCCAACGACGGUUGCAGGUGCACAUCCGAUGCUCGUGAUUGGGAACAGAUUAACGUAA